CGGGGCUUCUGCUUUUUUUCUUUCUACACGGUUUAUUAUUACUAUCGGUGACUCAACAGUGGUUACAAUAUUUAGAUACUUGAUUCUAUCUUGCUAUAUUCUUUGCGCAGCAAGCGAUCACGUCCCAAACGCACAUCAUGAUUGAACCCUUCCAGACCACCUUCGCGGUCCCCAUGACCUGUGAGGGCUGCGUGAAAGAUAUCUCCAGUACCCUAAACAAGCUCGAGGGUAUUUAAUUUCCCCCGUCGCAUGGAUUGCCUGUUUGUCCGGAUUAAUUGGUUGACGGCGUUCCCCUAGGAAUCAACAAAGUCGAUGCCAGUUUGAAAGACCAGCUCGUAUUUAUCGAAGGCACGGCGCCACCCAGUUCCAUCGUUUCCGCGAUUCAGGCUACGGGUCGCGAUGCAAUUCUACGGGGUAGUGGGACCUCCAACAGUACGUCUCUCUCUGUUCAUCCUUGUUUCACUUGCUGCCGGGCAUCGAUCUGCCUGAUCCUUGGGCCUGUGCUGAUAACACUCACUAGGUUCCGCUGUUUGCAUUCUCGAGACGCAUGCGACUUCGGCCCCGAAUAAGAUCCGUGGAUUGGCGCGUAUGGUGCAGGUCUCGUCCAACAUGACACUUGUGGAUCUGACCAUUAACGGACUGGCGCCGGGCAAAUACUGGGCCACGGUGCGCGAGGCCGGAGAUAUUUCACAGGGAGCCGCGUCUACCGGGGGCAUCUGGGAGUCAUUGAAGGCUACGGUGUUAGGAUCGGAGGCGGCCAAGGAGCCACGCGGAGUGUUUGGGACAGUGGAUGUGGACGAGAAGGGACGAGGCAAUGUCUUCUUGGACCGACCAUUGGCGGUUUGGGAGAUGAUUGGACGGAGUAUGGUGGUGUCGAAGAGCAAAGAGGGCCCGUUCCGAAAGGAAGACCCGGAUACAUUGGUUGGGGUUAUUGCUCGGAGUGCAGGCGUGUGGGAUAAUGAUAAGAUGGUCUGUUCUUGCUCCGGAAAGAAUGUGUGGCAGGAGCGUCAGGAACAGGUGUCUCAGGGGAUGGUUUAAGUUUUAGUUCUUUUCUUUUGUCUCUUUCUAUUUUUUUGGGCAUCUCUUUGAGGCCCUCAGGCCCUUUUGGCCCCAUUCACAUUGGCUUUGUGUGAUUGGAGAGGCAGGAGCUGCCUUAACAUUUUCCUUUUUAAGUUUUGAUACCUACUUGUCGUGAGAUGCUGGUGUUAGUGAUGUAUCGUAUGUGAAUGAAUCUGCAUGGGGCUAGACGUGAUGCUGUUGGAUCCCAAGCUCUUAGACGGAUGGGCAGGAUUGUGAUUCCAUUGAUUCUCAUCGAUCAGUGCGCUGGAAGUGGAACUUUCGGUAGACGGUGAAGGAGGAGAGAUGAUACUAGUACCUAGUAGCUAGGGUAUCAACUCACCACCUGAUCAUAGUCAAUAGUGGAUGAAAAAGGAAAGGCUACGAGAAAUUCCAUGACGACGGGAACCCCGCUAUUGGAUGCAAGGACAUAAAUCGCAACGGCCGCGGAGCGUCAUUGGAUCCUGCCACGCGUGAAUUUU